AUGUCGCGUCAGGAUAAAGCUACUACUGAGCGCCAUACGCGCCAAUUGCGUGAGCUGGUUAAGAGGCCGGAGAAUAAGGUGUGCGCGGACUGCAAGCGUAAUGAUCCUCGCUGGGCAUCGUGGAAUAUUGGCGUGUUCUUAUGUAUCCGUUGCUCUGGAAUCCACCGUGGCAUGGGCACCCAUAUCUCGAAAGUCAAGUCGAUUGAUCUUGAUACCUGGACGCCUGAGCAGAUGGAGUCCAUCAUGAAAUGGGGCAAUCGACGUGCCAACGCGUAUUGGGAGGCACAUCUCAAAGCUGGCCACAUACCACCGGAACACAAAAUGGAAUCGUUCGUCCGAUCCAAGUACGAGUCCCGACGAUGGGCCAUGGACGGCCCGCCUCCACGCAACCCGUCAGCCCUCGAUGAUGGCGCACCUGUUGAAGAAGCACCAGCAGCACCCUCGCCAGCGCCAACACCCGCGGUCCAGGCCGCUCGGGCUAUGCCUUCUCGUGCCUCUCCAGCACCACCUGUUACCACGCGCCAACCGGUCGCCCACCAACUUCUGUCCGCUCAACAUGUCCGCGCUCAGGCCUCGCGUCCAGCUGCAACCCCGGCCCCGGAUUUAUUUGGCUCUACGCCCUCUCCCGCUGCUGCUCCCGCACCCGCACCCGCUGCGUCCGCACCUGCUCAGCCCGCAAACGACCUCUUCAGUCUCGACUUCAAUGCGCCUGCUGCUCCCGCCUCUCCGCCUGCUCAGGAGCCCAGGAAAGACGUCAAGAACGAUAUCAUGUCGCUAUUUUCCUCUGGGCAACCUGCCGCGGCCGCACCUCAGGCUGCCGGUGGCUUCGGAUCAUUCCAACAGAACACAUCGCCUUGGGGUCAACCUACACAGCCCGCUGCACCGAAUGUUGGCUUCAAUGCGUGGUCCCAGCCGGCUCAAGCACAGCAGCAACAGCAACAGUUCGGCCAGCAACAGGCAUGGGGCCAGCAGAACCAGUGGGCUCAGCCUUCGGCGCCCGCCGCUCAGCCGAACCUCUUCGACAACAACGUAUGGGCGACGCCCAGCGCGCCGGCUGGUAAUACCGGCGCGGGUAUGGGCAGUGGCGCGGAUAUAUGGGGCGCACCUGCCGCUGCUCCUGCGCAGGCGAAGAAGGACGAUGUCUUCGGUGACUUGUGGGGCGGGUUCAAGUGA